AUGCACGGUGCUUGGCGGCGAGCGGAGCUCGACAAGACUGUUGCCGCCAUCCGCAAGGUCCAGAGCCUCGAGACGCCUCUCCGGAGCGGCAUGACGGCACUCACACAGGCCAUUGACUUCCAGGACUACGACGUGGUUGCCGCGCUGUUGCGUGCUGAGCCCGAGCUUGCGUCACGUCGACUGACUUCGGCUCACGAUCCAGCAGUGUUCAAUCUCCCAAUUCAUCUCGCUGCGCAGCUCGCGGCCAGACGGGACGUUCCCGAAGCCUUGUCCAUACUGCGGCUACUCAACGACCAUACCAUGGAGUUUAAUUCCGAUGCUGAUACAGAUCCAUCCCGCGAUCAUCUCGGCAUGACUCCAUUGCAUCUCGCCGUCACGGGGCCGUCCAGCCGUGCGACAAGGUGGAUCUUGGAGAAACGGACCGGCUUGGUUGAAGUUGAGGACUAUCUAGGGAGGACUGCGUUGCAUUGUUGCGCAUCCGAGGCCAACCUUGAAGCCAUUCUCUCUCACGGCAGCGUCGUCAUGCAUACUGACAGAUAUGGCAUGAGCCCUCUUCACAGGGCAUGCUUGCGUGGGCAGUUGGGACUCGUUCGGUGCCUUUUGAAGCACAGCCAGCCUCUGGACUUGAAG